CGAACAUCUCAUCUGGUUGGUCAAUCGAAGAAUCAUUUUUAUUUCAUUGAUGCUGCAGCAUUUUGUUUAAGUUCUUUGUUAUUAUUAUCUAAGGUACUCCCAAUCGAUCGACAACUCCUUUAACAUAUUGAUGCUCAUUCAAAUAUUGGCUUGCAUCAUUCAAGUGUGCUUUCAAACCUUUCAAUUAUUUCGCAUAAUGAAACACGACGGGGACGAAUUUCCUGUAGAACAGCUGUUCUUUAUUGUAUUCUUCGUAAUUGUUACUUUGGUACAAUUGUAUCUGUAUUGUUACGUCGGGGAAAUGCUUAUCGUCGAGAGUGCUGCAAUGGGCAUGUCAUCGUACAUGUCACAGUGGUGUAAUUUGUUUCCAAAGGAUGCGCGAAAUAUUCUUUUCGUGAUGCAUCGAUCUUCUAUACCACUUCGUUUAACGGUUGGAAAAAUCGGCAUUUUUUCUAUGGAAAUGUUUAGCCACAUUUUGAAAUCCACAAUCGGAUAUCUUUCGGUGUUACUAACGGUAACGGAUAAGAAGAAUAAUUAAUUUUAAAGAGUAAUAAUAAAUUGAAUAGCGAAAGUGAUAGUAAAAUUUAUUUUAUCUGGAAGACUAUCAUGUAUGAAAACACGGUAUAUAUUAGUAACAAAUUCUAUUCGUAAAACUUUAAAUUCAAUUAAGAUGUAAACAAUCUUAUACGUUGUAUAGUAAUACACUCGUAUAAACC